AUGCUUUUCGCACUCGCUGCUCUUUUACUUCCGCUUCUUGCAGUGGCUAUUCAGCCCAUUGAAGUCAAGGGUAAUGCCUUUUUUGUUAAGGACUCGUCCGAGCGUUUUUACAUUCGUGGACUCGACUACCAGCCAGGAGGCGCAUCGAAGUUGUUCGAUCCGUUGUCUGAUCCAGAAAUCUGUGAGCGUGACAUCAAGUACUUCAAGGAGCUCGGAAUCAACACCAUCCGUAUCUAUUCCAUCGAUAACACCGGAGACCAUAAGGAAUGUAUGCAGCAGUUGGCUGACGCAGGAAUUUAUGUGAUUUUGGAUGUUAACAUCCCCAAGGCGCUGAUUGCCCGUGAUGACGGUGCUGAGUGUUCUUACAAUACUAUGUACUUGAAUGAGGUGUUGGCUACUGUUAGAAUCAUGUCGCAAUACAACAACACUUUGGGAUUUUUCGCUGGAAACGAAGUUAUCAAUGACGUGGACACCACUCCUGCUGCCGCUUAUGUCAAAGCCGUAGUGCGUGACAUGAAGACCUUCCAGAGAAACACCGGAUUGCGUCUUAUCCCUGUUGGCUACUCGGCUGCUGAUGUGGAAGAGAACCGUAUUCAAUCAGCCCACUACUUUAACUGUGGUGACGAUGAGAUGGCAAGAGUUGACAUGUUUGGCUUCAACGACUACUCUUGGUGUGGACGUUCGUCUUUCACUACUUCUGGUUACGAUAAGAAGGUUGAGGCCUACUCAAAUUAUUCAGUUCCUUUAUUCCUCUCUGAGUUUGGUUGUAACAAGCAGAGACCUAGACCUUUCACGGAAGUCCAGUCCAUCUACUCCGACGACAUGUCGCCUGUCUUCUCCGGUGGUUUGGUCUACGAAUACACAGAGGAGGACAACGACUACGGUUUGGUUUCUGUUUCUUCGGACAACAAGACUGUCUCUACCAACAGUGACUUCGACAAUCUUAAGGCCCAGUUCUCCUCUGCCACCAAUCCAAGCGGUGAUGGUGGUUACCACACCGGAUUGCCUCACUCCAACUGUCCUCCACAAUCCAACGACUGGGAGGCUAGUGACACUGUCCCAGACACUCCAAAGGGUGCUUUGAAGUACAUUCGUGGUUUGGUUGAUCCAAAGGGUAAUGGUUUCAAAGCAGACACACAGUGGGCUUGUGUUGCAGGUGGAAAUGACGACGAUGACACUGGUGACUACUCAUCUACCAUCUCCAGAAGUACUACGUACUCUUCGUCGCUGACUGCUGGUAGCUCUGGUUCCACUGGCUCCAGCAGUGGCAGUGACAGUAGCAGUAGUAGUUCUAAAAAGAGUGGAGCCUCCUACAUGUGUGCCACCUCCAUCUGGGGCUCGUUGCUUGGUGCUGUUUUCAUGGUACUCAUGUGA